CCCCGAUUCCUCGUCGUCUAAGUGCAUGCUGCAGGCUCCUGGGCUUCCCUAGAAAACAUAUGGAGCGUGUAGAAGCAUCGUCUUGUUCCAUCUCCCACCCCGCAUCGGCGUUGGCGAUGAGCUGAUCGAGGGACGCGUGGGAAGAGGGGAGGGAGCGUCUCGUGAUUGGAAUGAGAAUUGACGCGUCCAAAAGCCAUCGUCAUCGCACACUGCACUACACCGCUGCGGGCUCCAAGUCUACCUCCGCUCUUUGGAGAGAACAUCAAAGGCGGGCGAGGGGAGGACGACGCUGCAUCAGUCACGCUGCAGGGUCCGCUUUAUACAACCUCCACCUUGCACUCUGCUCUACGCCUGCCCCCUGUUUCUCCGACUGCCGGCGCUCGACCAACGCACAACGCUGGGGUGUGGAGGGCUCAGCUGCACGCGUCACGACCCCAUCGUCCGCUUGCGUUGCAGCCAUGAGGUCCCACAGCAACGGGCCAUCGCACUUGCCCCUCGCUUCGUCGCUGCCCCGGGUCUCUUUCCGGCGUAUACCGCCGCACGAGGCACAGCAGCUCGCACAGCCCGCUGGCGUCCACCAGCAGCAGAUCAUCGACUUUGGCUUCAACGAUGGCCGCGAAUACACCCGCCCUGACACAUAUAUUCGCCAUGUCGAGCCCGUCGAGAGCGAGCUCAAGAAGCAGGUCGAGUACGACAUGGACGAGCAGGACCAAGCAUGGCUCGACGCGCUCAACGCAGAGCGCGCAAGGAAUGGUGACGACAGGGUGUCCUACGAGACAUUCGAGAUUAUCAUCGACCGCUUCGAAAAGGAGUGGUUCGACUUGAUGCGCCAAGUCCCCGCCAAACCAUGCCCGACGGACGUAAAUGGAGCCGAUGAUGGAGAAGACACAAAGUGUGCCAUCUGCGAUGACGGCGAAUGCGAAAACUCGAACGCCAUUGUCUUUUGCGACGGGUGCAACCUCGCUGUGCAUCAAGAUUGUUACGGCAUCCCAUACAUCCCAGAGGGCCAGUGGCUUUGUCGCAAGUGCACCGUCUCGCCGGACCGCGCGGUCUCAUGCAUCUUUUGUCCCCACGAGGGCGGCGCGUUCAAGCAGACGUCGCAAGGCAAAUGGGCCCACCUGCUCUGCGCCAUGUGGAUCCCAGAGACUGGCGUCAGCAACCCGGUGUACAUGGAGCCAAUCGACAGCGUCGAGCGUGUGCCCAAGGCACGCUGGAAGCUGCAGUGCUACCUGUGCAAGCGCAAGAUGGGCGCUUGCAUCCAGUGCGAAAACCGCAGCUGCUUCACCGCGUUCCACGUGACGUGCGCGCGCCAGGCCGGCCUGCUCAUCAAGGCCACGCGCCGCCGCGUCGAAGGUGGCGGCGGUGGCGCUGUGCACGGCGAUGACAGCGGCAGCAGCGCCACCGCCGCUGACGACAGCUUCGGCGAGGAGUAUGUUGAAGCGUUGCACGCGUGCUGCCACAGGCACAUCAGCCGCGAUGCACAGGUCCUCGGCGGCGGCGCCCCCGCGCAUGGCGUCCUCGCCCAGACCGCAGGUGCAGGAGCAAGCGGGCGUGGGAGUGUAGCGGGCAGCGACCGGGACUUGUCACGCGGCUCAACGCCCCUCAUCAACCCUGACUCGUCUGCUGCGCAAGGAGUGCGACAUGCCGACGGCGGCCACCGCAAGAGCAUCACUGUCAAGCGCAACAAGACGGGAAAACUGACGUUUUCCGUUUCGAAGAAGAAAAAGAUAAGCAAGAGCGCGCGCGCGUACAAGAAGAGCUAUCGCGUUGGCCUGCCGCUCGUGCCGGUGUAUAUCAUCAACCGCGUGAGCGACUACGUGCGCAACAUCCUGCUGCGCAAGAAGAGCGCAUUGUUGUUGCAGCUUGCCAAGUUCUGGAGUUUAAAGCGCGAGGCGCGCCGCGGCGCGCCGCUGCUCAAGCGUCUGCACCUCGAGCCGUGGACCGCGAGCGGAAGCAAGCCGUAUGGCACCGGUGCCGGCACUGGCGCCGCCGCCAGUGACGAGGAGCGCGAGAAGAAGUUUAUCUUUCUUUCCCGCUUGCGUCAGGACCUCGAGAACCUGCGCGCGCUCACCGAGCUCAUCCGCAAGCGCGAGCGUGAGAAGCAGAGGCAGGUCAAGCUCUUCCGCGCCACACUCGUUGGUGCCGUGCUCAAGCCAUACCAUGCGGAACUCAGGAUGGCGUUGGAGAAGAUCGCUGUACUGGACCACCGGAACCACUUCCUCAACCCCGUCAACAAGACCGUCAUCACCGACUACUACGACAUUGUCAAGGAGCCCAUGGACUGGCAAACGAUCUGCGCCAAGUGCGACAAUUUCGAGUAUACCACCAUCGACCAGUUCGAGCGCGACGUCCGGCUCGUCGCCGACAAUAGCAUUCUGUACAACAAGGCCGACACGUCAUACCACAAGGCCGCGCUGAAGGUCCGCGCAGGCGCACAGCCCAUCCUUACUGAGCUGAGGGCUAAGCUGGGCGUGCACCACCUCCGAGACUACGGUAUCGAUCAUGAAGCCGUGGCUAUUAGUGGUGAGACGAAAGAAGAGCUGCUUGCGCACCUGCCCGCGCUGGAGCUCGAACCCGAACAGCCGAUCAUCGAGCUACUAAACAACUAUGGUGACCAAGAAAUGCUCGAGACCAUCGCCGAUGGCGCGCGCCCGGAGAUUGCGCCGCGCAACAUCGUCGAGGACCUCCUGCGGCUGUACCACCGUGCUGAGCACUCACCGACGGCCCCGGCGAAGCCGAAGCUGACGCGCGCGGAGCUCAAGGCGCAGCGUAGCGCCCAGCGCUCCGAGACGGCCAAACGAGCCGCAGCGUUGCGCAAGGAGAGGGCCGCUGCGAAGCUCGAGGCCCGCAACGCUGCUGAUCUGCCGUCACCUGCAGAGGAGCAGACCGAAGCCGCAUUGCCGCCGGAGCGUGCGUCGAGGAGGAGGCGCAGCGCAGAUGCUAUUCUGGUAGCAGCAGAGUCCUCUGUCAUUCCGGCGAAGCGGCCGCGAAGGACCGCUGCCACUGCCGCUCCUGCUGCUCCUGUAGGCGCGUUAGUCUCCGCGGAGCCAGAGCAACUGUCGAAGCGACAAAAGCCUGCCUCGGCCUCGGACGAAAGCGACUCGCGCGUCAAGCGACGUGAGGAGUCGCAGACAGUCGCGCCGACGACGCUAGAAGUGGAUAAUGUCGGCGAGUGGGACUCGUUCAAGCGCUUCAAUGUCGGCUGGGUCCUGCCGGAAGGCACCAAGCGCGGCGGACGCAUCGCUGCGCCCCCGCCACAAAUGGCGCCAAAACCGCGAGCAAACAAGGCAAGGACCAAGAACGCGGAUCGAGAGCAGCGUGCCGAGUCGACUAAGUCCGAAUUUGCCGCUCUUGAUGCAGAGGAGACGAAGGCAAGAGCAAGGUCGGCCCUUGCGCAUCAGCCGGAAGACGAGGAUGUAGGCAUGCUAGAGUCGAGUGAGCUGUCCGACCUGGAAGAUGAGGAACUCGCAGAGGGUGAGGAGGGUGAAGAAAGCGACGACGAGCCGCCAGCGGGGAGAUGCAGGAGCGAGCGCGCACGUGCGCACCUUACCGUCUCGCAUGUGUCCGCUGGAGAUGGAAUGCAUCAGGCUCGCACGCAGAAGCGUGGCAAGCACGGCCAGUUCAUUCGCAAGCACGAGUCUACGGACAAGGAGCGGUCCAGCAAAACUCUGUCUCCCGAAAUGCGGCGUUGGCCCGUCACGUCUCGAUCGCGCUCGCCUUCGCCCUCGCGUUCUAAAGCGGCAGCGGACGCGAAGAAAGGGAAAGCGCGAGACGCUCGUGUAGAGUCCAGCGGAUCCACGUCGCCGCUCAGCUCGCCGCUGAGUGACGAUGCUGGCCUUCAAUAUGGUGUGGCUGCUGAGGAAGACAUAGGGGACGACCAGUGCAGUGAGACUGAAGAAGACAUUACGCUCAUCGCGGACAACAGCAAGCAACCCCAAGUGGUGGGACAGACUUCUGCGGAGCGAAGGCGGACGAUCCGCGAGCAAGGCAAGGCGCGCACGGAGCGGCUCGGUGCGAUGCGCAAGGCGCAGGAGAAGAAGGAGCUCCAAAGAACAGGGAAAACGCACGACCCUGCGGUCGUGUUACGAGCGGUGCAGCACAAGAUGGGCCAUGGGCAAGGGCGCGGUCAUGCACAAGAUGAUGCGUUGGGUUCACCGCGUGAUCCCGACGAGCUUCCGCCGGGGAGGCUCGUGUGGGCUCGAUUUGAGAAAUGGCCGUAUUUCCCGAGCGAGGUCUUUGCAGAGGACAGUGAUCAGGUCCCGGAGCGAGUUUUGGAGCACAAGCCGAGUGGUACGGUGACGCUCGUCCGGUUCUUUGAUGCCAAACAAAGCUGGGCAUGGGUCACGCUCGACCGGAUUCGGUUCGCGUUCGAAGACUUGGCACAGGAUGAGAAGUUAAAGCACCCUGCGGACAAACGGUCGCGGAAGUCGGUACGCGAGGCCUAUCGACGCGCCGAGCAGGCACGUGCUGCUGAUGCCUGAUGGGACCUGGUCUUGGUCUUGCGUGGGGUCCUCUGCGAGGCGUGCCACCUCGCACGACGAGCCAGGCUCCUUGGCGGUGCAUGUACUUAUUUCCACGCUUUCCACCCCAUUGAGCACACG